GCAGUUUCUUUGAACCGGGAAGUUGAAUGUGAACCGAACCGCGUAGAAUAUUUAGUGGGAUAUACCGGUUUGUUUCGGUUUAAAAUGUGGUAUUAGAAAAUAUCAUUCUGGUUCAUUGGGGAUUCGUCAAAGGAACGAACUCUGUAGAAGAAAAAUAAAAAUCUGAACUUUGCAAAUUGCGAGCAAUACUCUGAAACCUUGAGAGGCCAAGACCGAGUUAACUCACCAGAUUCAACAUUUUCGUGCUACCAUGGCUGGGGUUAUGCAGAAGUUCCUUGUUGCAUCAAUGUUCAUGUGGAUUCUUCCUAUUGCGAUAUUAUAUGGAUUCAACAAUGAUUUGCUUCCUGGUAUGGGCCUAUUUGGUUCAACAACAUUGUCUCCACAUUCUCUAACACUGCUGAGUGGGUUUCUUGCGGUGGUAUCAGUCAAUGUAGUGAUUGUGUUCUACAUCUGUCUGGCCCUGAAAGAGCCUGCAGAUAAACACAAGCCAGACGCUGCGUUUGUCGCAGAGGCUAAAGAUAGUGUGAAGAAAUUCACAUCAGGAGUCCCAAGUACGGACCCGGCACUCAAGAAACAAGAAUGAGCGCUAAUCAAAACCCAUUUUUUUAAAACAAAAGAGGCAGCGGCGAGAUUGCAUCAGAUGGAACAGAUCUCAGGUUCUUGCAAUGUAUUUUGUUGUAGUUGUAGAGAUUACGGGCUGCUAGAUCAUCCUCUGUUGUUACAUUUGAGGGUUUUUGGUUGUUUAAGCAACAGAAACUGCCAUGUUCGUGUUGAACAGAGACAAGAGCUAAUGUUUUAGGACAAAACUCCAUAUGUCCACAGUUGAUGUUCCUUCAUUGCAAAGAUGCUAAGUGAGUUAUACCGUUACACUUGUUUGCUUGUGAAAAGCUAUUUUAACAAAACAUAUCUUCAAAAAUAUUUAAAACACUUUCUAUUUUCAUCGA